AUGACAGAUGUAGUUGGUCAAUCUAUUAGUCUGUAUGGUUAUUGGUCGUCAGUUCCUCUUGGUUUUGUUGGUCACAUAUGUAGUCUGAUUAUUUUCUCAUCGAAAAAUCUUCGUCAAUCAUCAACUGGAUUAUUAUUUAUUUUCUUAACUCUCUCCGAUACUUUAUAUCUUGGAAUAUCUAUUCGUGAUUUUCUUACAUUCACUAUAAAAUGGUCAACAUUACAAAGUGAAUAUCUAUGUCGAUUUCGUACAUUUAUUGUCAGUUUCUCCACUGUGACAUCAGCUUGGCUUCUAGUAUUGAUAGCACUUGACAGAUGGAUUCGUGUACAUUUUCCUUAUCGACAAGCACGAAUUUGUACACAAAAAGUAGCUAUCUUCUUGAUUAUUUUCGUAUGUGUGUGUUCAACUCUAUUUGCGUCACACGUUCUUCAAUCUGAAUUUUCUUUUACUGCACCAGGUAGCAGUUUAUGCGGACCAGCUCGUUCUUCAGGAACAUUCUAUUCAAUCUUUUAUUUUAAUACUUGGCCUAUUCUACAAUUAUUAAUCACUUAUAUGAUUCCAAGUUGUAUAAUGAUUAUUUGUUUUGUCGGUGUCUAUUCGAAAUUGCGUUUUCAACAAACUCUGGUUGUUGCGUCAACAAGAAAAGAAAGAAUGCAACGACAAAUGCUCAUAUUAAUGGUUUCGAGUAUAAUAUGUUUUAUCAUUUGUACAAUUCCUUAUGCUAUCUAUCGAAUUUUUUAUCUUCGAUCUGCAAUAAAUUCAAUCAGUCCAAUUAUAACUGGCACAGUGUCAACUUUAAUGACUAUGAAUUAUUGUUAUAAUUUUUAUAUUCAUUGUUUAACAUCUCAACUCUUCCGUCAAACAUUUAUUCAACAAUUAAAACGAGUUUUUAUCUGGUGUAAAAAAAGACAAAUAGGACGAGACAGACGAACUGUUUAUCCGCUUCCAACCAUAAACAGAAAAGGUGGAUUGCCAAUAAUAAAUUAG